GUGACAGUUUUUUAGUUUGUGAUUUGACAGAAACUCCAGGAGAGGAGAGAUACCUCUGUUAUAGUAACCUUAUCCCCUAUUGCUUCGACUCUCGACUACCAGAGAGAGAGAGAGAGAUAUGGAGAGAGAAGCAGCAGUUCCUCACGUGCUCAUCUUCCCCUUCCCGGCUCAGGGUCACAUGAACUCCAUGCUCAAGUUAGCGGAGCUCCUCUGCCCAGCAGACAUGUACAUCACCUUCUUAAACUCCGACCAUAACCACCAACGUCUCCUUCGCUUCACCGACGCCGAAGCCCGCUUCAGUCACUGGCCCAAAUUCCGCUUCGAAUCCAUCACUGAUGGCCUCCCAGACGACGGCCACUGUUCCGCUGAAAGCACCUUUGAAAUGUUCAACACCUUGGAGUCCAUCACCAGACCUCUUUUCCGAGAUCUGGUCAUCUCCCUAUCCCAUCCACAGCAGGAAAUUCCACCGCUGAGCUGCAUCAUAGCAGAUGGAAUCAUACCUUUCGUCAUUGAUGUGGCAGAGGAGCUUAACAUUCCAAUCAUUUCUUUCCGAACCAUCAGCGCUUGCUCCUUCUGGGCCUACUUCUGCAUCCCCAAAUUAAUUGCAGCCGGCGAGCUUCCCUUCCAAGGAGACAUGGAUGUGCCGAUAAAGAGCGUGCCGGGGAUGGAGGGUUUUCUGCGCCGACGAGAUCUCCCCAGUUUCUGCAGGGCAGAAGAGUUGAACGACCAUGUGUUUCAAACGGUUCUAAGUGCGACCCAGGAGACGACUCGGGCGUCCGCACUCAUACUCAACAGUUUCGAAGACCUGGAAGGCCCAAUACUCUCUGAAAUCCGUUCUCGCCUUCCCAAGCUCUACGCUAUCGGACCGCUCCAUGCCCACUCCAAAACCAGACUGCUUGAACAAUCCUUACUGUCGUCGCUUUCUGCCAAUAGCCUCUGGGAGGUGGACAGAAGCUGCAUGAAGUGGCUCGAUUCCCAGCCACCUAAAUCGGUGGUCUACGUCAGUUUUGGCAGUUUGGCAGUGGUGGGCAGGGAGACACUGUUGGAGUUCUGGUACGGUCUGGUACGCAGCGGGAUACCCUUCCUGUGGGUCGUACGGUCAGAUUCCGUCACCGGAGGAAACGUGAAUGAGGAGAUUCCGGGGGAGUUAGUGGAGGCGACGACGGAAAGAGGGUGUCUGGUGGGGUGGGCUCCACAGGAAGAGGUGCUGGCCCACCCAGCCGUGGGUGGGUUUCUCACCCACAGCGGCUGGAACUCGACGCUGGAGAGCAUAUACACUGGGGUGCCUAUGAUUUGCUGGCCCUACUUCGCGGACCAGCAGAUUAACAGCAGGUUUGUCAGUGAGGUGUGGAGAGUGGGUGUGGACAUGAAGGAUACAUGCGACAGAGGAACGGUGGAGAAGAUGGUGAAGGAAGUGAUGGAGCGGAGGGAGGAGUUGAUGGGUUCGGUGGACAGGCUGGCGAAGCUUGCAAGGAGUUGCGUUAGCCAAGGUGGGUCCUCCCGUUCCAACAUGGACAGGCUGAUCAAAGACAUAAGAUCCAUGGCUCGGUCAUCUCCAAAACUUCACCCAAAAAAAAAAUAAAUAAAUAUCAUGUCCAUAACUUUCUUUUAUUUGGUAAAAUGUCCAUAAUUUUGAGUUCAAGUGAAAAAGACCUUUGGCUUCGGGGGUUUGGCCUGAUUGAGAGCCAAGUUUGUCAGAUGUGACUCUUCUCCAGCGAUCCUCUAACGAUCAUUUAAGGGUUGAAAGAGCUUGAUCACACAUCCCAGUACCUGUCAACAUUUGAAGAUGCGUGUUCAAACACUCUUAGCCCUUAUAUGGAUCGUUGGAGGGUUGGUGGUGUUGAAGAGGAUCUUUUCCCAAGUUUAUCAUGGUUGCAUUUUUUUAUUUUUGUUGUUAUGUUUUAUGAGGUUUGGCUUGAUUGACAGCCAAGUUUGUUUGUUGCAUCUUUUGAAUUACUUAUUUUUGUUUUGUUAUUAAUGGAACAAUAUUUUUUUAGGUA